AUGUGGCGACGCUGUGAAAUGAUAAAAUUCUGCGAGGAGAAUUUGCUCCUCGUCAUGACGAUGGCCAGCGUCGCCCUCGGCGUCAUUUUAGGUUUUCUUAAACCUUUUUAAUUGUAGAAAUUGGAUAGAGCUUCAAGUGCAUUUUUUAGAAAACAGUGGACUGAAACUAAAAGUUGACUGAGUAACCGAGCCACAGAGCAAACACUUUUUUUAAUGAAAAUUUAGAUCUAUUUUGUUUACUUCAUUGUUUUUCUACUUCAUGAAAGUUCAAAUUAAAUGAAGAAUUUUUUUUUCAAAUUGUUGAAUAAUGAACUCCCUUUAAGGCUUUGGACUGCGACCAUUGAACUUGCCACAAGAAACCUUGCAAUUGAUAAAUUUCCCCGGCGAAAUUUUCAUGCAAGUUUUAAAAAUGAUGAUUCUGCCGCUCAUUUUCUCGUCCUUGAUUUCAGGUGAGGAUAGAUUCUUCUAUUGUCUUUAUACAUACAUUUCUCAAAAUAAUGUCUAUUUGAUUGGACAAUACUUCAGCUUUGGCUCAAAUGGACGCUAAAGAAUCUGGUCAAAUGGGUCUUUCCACAGUCUUGUACUACCUAACGACAGCUACUCUUGCUACAAUCGUAAUUAAAAUUCGGAUUACAUCUCUAACAACUCAUCUUGCAGCUUGGAAUCUUUCUAGUGACGGUGAUCCAGCCAGGGGAUCCUUCGAUCAAAGGCGACGACGUGGCUCACGCCGACACCGACAGCAACGUCUCGCCUCUGGACACCUUCCUCGACCUCGUUCGGUACGACUUUCAGGCAAUACCAAGGUUGAUGGACUCUUCAGGAACAUGUUCCCGGAAAACAUCAUCCAGGCGACGUUCGAGCGGAUGCAGACGACGUACGUAGCAAUACGACCCAAUAUAGCUGCAAAGAAUGGGACAGGACCCGUGUUAGUGAAGCGAGCCGUUGGCAUGACCAAAGGGAUGAACAUCCUCGGCAUCAUUGUCUUCUGCACCGGAUUCGGCAUCGUGAUCUCUCAACUUGGCGAAAGGGCACGUAUCGUCGUCGACUUCUUCGUCAUUCUCGAUGCCGUCAUCAUGCGUUGGGUCGUCACGCUCAUGUGGUUAGCGUCGUGACGUCUUCCCAUACUUAAUCAUUUCUCAGGUUCGCGCCGGUGGGAAUCACGUGCCUCAUCUGCGGAAACCUUCUCGAGCUUGACGACCUCUCCGACAUCGCCGAAGUCCUUGCUCUGUACUUUUCCCAUCUUAUGUAAAUAAAUGAGGAAUAUUUUCAGGUACACGUUCACUGUGGUAGCUGGUCUGCUUUUACACACCGUUCUGACCAUUCCCUUGCUCUACUUCUUCAUCACACGCAAGAAUCCGCUCACCGUCUUCCGAGGGAUGAUUCAAGCGAUUGUGACGGCUUUCGGCACGGCUUCUGGGUAUAGCUAUCCAAUAUUGAAAAUGAGACUUUCUUUUCAGUGGAGCGACCUUGCCAAUGUCAAUGCAAUGUCUGGAAGAUGCUUGUGGGGUCGAUAGGAGAAUCUCCAGAUUCGUUCUGCCGCUGGGCUCAACCAUCAACAUGGACGGCAACGCCUUGUAUGAAGCCGUGGCCGUCAUUUUCAUCGCCCAACUGAACAAUGUCCAAUUGUCGAUAGCUGAGGUGCUGACAGUUAGGUGAGCUGAGAUUUCUGAAGCGUCAGUUCAUUUAUCUUCUAGUAUAACCGCUACAAUAGCUUCUAUUGGUCUUGGCUCAGUUCCAGCCGGCCUAGUAUCCAUCCUACUCAUCCUCAACACCGUCGGUCUUCCAGUCCGCGACGUUUCGAUGCUUUUCACCGUUGAUUGGCUUUUGUUAGUCGAAUCGAGAAACCUUCUCCAUAAUCCUUAAAAUUCUAGAGAUAGGAUACGAACGGCUGUCAAUGUCCUCGGCGAUGCCUACGCCGCCUCCGUCGUCCAACACAUUUUACAGGUAUCCAACUUCAAUCAGAUUGAGAUCAGAAAGUCCUUCAGAAAAACCUGGACAUCGCCGACUCCAGGAACGACUACAAGGCGGAAAUCAAGGAAGAAAUCGAAUUGCUCAAGUCGGCAGCCACCAGCCGACGACCUUCAUUCAGCUUCUCCGAACAUUCCAAAGAAGUCGGUGAAGCUUUAUUGAAAAAGUCAAUCAUAUGGUUUAGAUUUACUUCAACGCCCUGGCGACGGCCGGCAACUCGAGGAUCGGGUCUCGACGCGGCUCCGCUUCCACUUUCAAUCUCACUUGGCGAAACGCCAACAUUGAACCGCCUUACACUCCCUUGCCGAAUGUUGAAAUUGUUUGA